AAAAAGUUAUAGGCCUAUGUGAUUUUUAUUUAUUGAUAUUUUUAUUUAUUCGACAUUAUUGUGGACAGCUUGAACAACGCACACGCCUUCAGCAUCACCGGCCGGGCGAAAUUGCUAGCUAGCUGAACACACGUCUAGCUAGCUAGCUUGAUAAAUAAUGAUGGACUGACAAUAGUUUGUUUUUUUUGUGUUUUUUCUUCCCCCUUUUCUUUAAAAAAAACUAACUUGGAAGAGCCUUGAGGGCCGGUAUAUAUAUAUAUAUUACGGUACAAACGUAGCAUAUCCCACAAUAGCUACUGGUGCGUUACAGUGUCGUCGUUUGACCUGCUACUUUUUUUGCGACCAACUACUAUAAUCCAGUUAGUUACAGUUGCUAGCUAACGUCGUUAGCCGAGCAGCGAGUGAGUUUGUUUACACCGUACACGACACCUUCAUUCUGGGACUGUUGGAUCACCCUUAAAGCUGAGACAUUACCACCCUCUCCUGAUUCCCUGACUUUCAAACCAACCUUUGCUUCGGUUCCAUCUCUCCUCUCCCUCUCCCUCUCUUCUUUCCCUCCCUGUGAGUGAGUCUGUGUGUGAGCGGUCAUGACAACCAACAAGCCCAAGGGGCAGAACUCUCUGGCCCUCCACAAGGUGAUCAUGGUGGGGAGUGGAGGAGUGGGCAAGUCAGCCCUCACCCUACAGUUCAUGUAUGACGAGUUUGUGGAGGACUACGAGCCCACCAAGGCGGACAGCUACAGGAAGAAGGUGGUAUUGGACGGAGAGGAGGUGCAGAUCGACAUCUUGGACACAGCGGGCCAGGAGGACUACGCCGCUAUCCGAGACAACUACUUCCGCAGCGGUGAGGGCUUCCUCUGCGUCUUUUCCAUCACAGAGGCCGAGUCGUUCGCCGCCACCGCUGACUUCAGAGAACAAAUCCUGCGAGUGAAGGAGGAUGAGAAUGUUCCCUUCCUCCUGGUGGGUAAUAAGUCAGACCUGGAGGAGCGGAGGCAGGUGAGCGGCGAGGAGGCCAAGGCCCGGGCCGAGCAGUGGGGCGUCAGCUACGUGGAGACCUCCGCCAAGACCCGUGCAAAUGUUGACAAGGUAUUUUUUGACCUGAUGCGUGAGAUCAGAGCCAGAAAAAUGGAGGAUGGCAAAGAGAAGAACGGAAAGAAGAAGAGGAAGAGCCUGGCCAAGAGAAUCAGAGAGCGAUGCUGUAUUUUAUAAUGGGAUGAGGCGUUCCGUCCAUCGGCUUCCUUCCUUCCCGAGCCCUCUCCACCUUGCCCAUUCCUCUGGGUCGUGUUCAUUUGGUACCAAAUGGAAGAAAAUGGACUGAAACAGGGAGGGACUACCUGGACUUGUCUAAUAACAAUUGCUCAUUUUAGCUUUCUGUUGCAAGAAGUUAAAAUAUCUGUUGCGUUCUGUAAUGAACAUUACCCAGGUUUCCCUCUCAGAAGCCAUGGCCAAGGGAGAGAAAAUCCUGUCUUUUUUUUUUUUAUUUAAUUAUUUUUAAGGUGAGUUUGUUGUCCAAUUAUAGUAAACACUAAAAUGGUAAGACAACAAACCAAAAAAGGAAUU